GAAAAACACACUCUGAAAAAGUUUUCUGGCUACGCCAUUGACGACAAACUUCCAUUAUUCCACUUGCGUACGUCGUCUGCUGCAGGCGCCUCGAGACGUGUCAAUAUCCAAUAACCGGAAGUUUAAAUUCAAGUCCCAAUUUUUGAACGGUCGUUUUAUCGAUGCGAAAUCCAAUGCCAUGUAGUCGUCCAUAGAAACGCCCCCAGCAACGCUUUGUAGUAGUGACAAGAAAGUUAUGGGGUAAUUUUUUUUUUUUUUUACAAUUUCUCUAAUUUAAGGUGAUGACGUGCCAUGUGACCUGGCAACACUAGUCGGGCUAGCCGGCUAGCCGUUGCAGCUAGCCCAGCGCCAGCUGGCACAAUCCAAUGCAAUUUCAUUUGAAUGGCUGGAACCUCUGGAACGGCUUCGUGUGUUGUUGGUCGUAGUUGUAGAGCACCAGGUGCCUCGUUGCUUCUACGGUCGCUGCGCUCCUUUGUUUCGUCGUGUACGCGGUCGUCAUGCUCCGUGGUGUUGUAAUCGACGAUAGCCAGAUGAAGUUCUUGAAUCGUACGAGACUUCCACUCCGCAGUGACAUUGAUGUCUGUACUUUCAGUUUUGGUGGCGCGACCGCUCUCAGGCUUGCAGAUUUGUGUCGUGAGCUGAGGCUGGCGUCUCUGUGACUUUGCUGUCGUUUAUGUUGGCGGGAAUGACCUUUCCAACGGGUGAAGCCCUCUGGACGUCUGCAGGGACAUCAAGGUACUUGUCAAGCUUCUGCUCCAAGUUGCCACGACUGUCUUCACGUUCAAGGUACAGCCGCGGGCAGCCCAACUAUGGUUUCUCGUUGCCAAACCCUCAACAGGAUGCUGACCACUGCCUUAAAGAGGAUGCCGGAGGUCCGCAUCCUGAACGUGGAGGUCCAAAGGUCACGCGGAGGGACAGUGCUUGCGCUUUAGGUGCCGUCUCUAGUCACUGUCUUGGUGUGGCAGGCCAAGGGGCAGUUCUGGGCACUCCUUCGCAGAGGCAGCAAGCAAGUCUGCUUUCUCAUUGCCAGGAAUACCCAGGUGGCUUGGGACCCAGCAGAAUUUGAUCAGGUGUCCUUGUUGAAGAGCUCGAUUUAACUGAACACGAAGACGUUGCACAAGAGGGUUCUUACUGUCUGUUAAGGACAAAAUUGCUAGAAGAACGCUCUGGGAAUCGACAAACAGAAUUGCUUUCAUGAUAUUGUUCUCUACUAAAUACUCCACAGCCAUAGAAAUGGCAUACAAUUCAGCUGUAAAAAUACUUGCAACAGUGUUGAGUUGUCAAACUUUCCUGAAAGCAAUGGAAUAAACCGCACCAUGCGAUUUGUGUGGAGAGAACUGUAGGCUCCACUACCCAGCUGAGGGCAAGCCAGUUUGGAGGUGUCGGAAAGGCCAUGACUGGAAGAAAAGCAUCAUCACAGGCACCUUUUUCGAGAACUGCCACCUUCCACUUGGACAGGUUCUCGAAGUCCUCUUUGUCGUUACUGGCGGGGGCGCCACCAUGUCUUCCGUCCAGAGAAUCGCCUCUCGGGAAACCAGGACUUUCCAAGCAAACUUUUGUGGCCUGGACGUGGUACUUUAGAGACACCUGCUUCAGAUGGUUUGACGAAGUGCAAAGCUUACCAGCGAGACCGAGCAUCGGUGGCCCCGGAAAAGCCGUUGUGGUCGACGAGGCCAAGAUUGGCCAUCGUAAGUAUCAUCGAGGACGAAUAGUCGACGGCGUUUGGAUUCUUGGAAUGGUGGUUGAUUGAUUACAGGCAUUAUAGCGCAAAGCUACUAUGGCCAUACUGCGCCAAGCUUGUUUAGU